GCGGAGGCGGCGGCGGCCGGGAAGAACUAGAGGUAUUCCCCGGGCGGCUGGAAGACUGAGUCGAGCCGGGACCCGAGUCCUCCGGUAUCCCAGCAGCCACCGGAGGCAGUGAGGAAUCCACUGAAGACCUACAUUUCCCGGAAGGUUAACAGCCCCCUUCUCAGUUUUCCUGCUGCUCCUAUCAGUGACAAAUCAGCGUAUUAGAACAUGCAUGCUGACUGAUCAUUCUGAUCAAGUCAACAAGCUUCACAACUUACUCAAUGAGGUCGUCCGUGAGAACUUCACUGUUUUACGAGGACAGGAGCUACUUCUUUGCUGAACUGCAUCACGGUUUCAACUGCUGAGGUUUUCUUCAAGCUUUUGCAUUGUUUGGAAUGUGAAAGGCACGGCCGAGACACACUUUGAGGUUCCCACUGCAUUGUUACACCUCCCCCCUCACUUCAGGGCCAGGUAACACCAAGAAGGACGCCAUGAGAGCGAAGGCCGUUGGGUAACCGCCUUUUGCUCUCGCGCUGCGCGUCUCCCUGCCAUGAACUGCUGCAACCGGCGCUGGGAGCGGUUGAGGGCGGCAGCCGGCCUCGCGCUGGAAGCGGUUGAGGGCGGCGGCCGGCCUCGCGCUGGAACCUCGCCCACCUCAAGGCUCCUGCGGCGGCGCACGGGGCAGGCCAGGAGCCUGCCCUAGGAGGGCCCCGCUGGAGAUGUGGAAAUGGAGGGACGCGGCACCUGGGCGCUUCCUGGGGCCAGACAACGCCCCCUCAUUGGAACCUCCAUGACCGUGCCUCUGAGAAACCAGCGCGUCCGCAACGAUCACUCCUAAUUUUCGGAUUCCUAUCGUCUGUCUCCACAUGAUAACACUGAAGAGCCUUCACGUUGAUGCAGGCCCAGGGCCUCAAGUGCAGAGACUGAGAGCUCUGCAGGACACAGCAUGGAGCCGCCAUUCCUCUACUGGGUGGAAGAGCCUGUGUCCUCUGAACAGGGGAUCCAAGCCCUGAGGUGUUCUUUCUCAGCUGUCAGUGUGGCCCAGGACUUUCUGUGGGGAUGCUCAGACAGCAGGGGCCGGAGGACUUUUAGCCACCACCGCCCAUGGCCAGUCUUCACAAAUUACCUUUGGCUAAUUUGACUGUCUCUCCUCCUGGGGUCUAGGACUUCAAACAUGUACAGAAGCGAUUGCAGAAUUAAGACAAGACACUUCCACAAUAUAUUUUUUGUAUCACUGGCUCAGAAAAAGACUCAUUCAAAUCCUGUAUCAAAGCCACGUGUGAGAAUCUUGAGAAAGCAUCAGCUGACUGACUUGACAAGGGAGGAAGCAACCAAAAAUUCUGCGCUUCUUCAGUAUCCGAGUAUGAUAUUUUGCUUCAACAUCCCUCUUAGAUGAAGUUAUUGAUUGAAAAUCAUUUAAGUUUGCCCCAUGGUAAAAGAUCAAGUCCUCAGAAAGAUCUCCAAAGCGUUUACGGUUUGUUUUGUUUUGGUAAGUUUACCAUGAUUUUGCUUAAACUGCUCUCCGUUGAUCUUCUCAGCUAAGAUGGAGGUAGAGUUGCACAGUGGAAGAGGGGUGCAUGUAAGAAGGCAGUUCUGUCUCAGAGGACAAAAGGCCUGGGAGCACCCAGACAGACAGUCACUGCAUGGAGGUCACUCCCCUCCCAGUGGCCACUGUGGAGACAUUUCACAGAAAUGCUUGCUGGACCAUUCAGGUUCAGAGUUGGGACAAAACCGAGAACUCAUGGGGAUAUUGGACAGCAGUUAGGAAAUGACCUUCUCACACAACUGGGGCAGUGGGGGAGAACCCUGGGCUUGAGACUUGCAAUCCACCACUUGCCCCUGCCCCUGCCCCUGCCCCUGCAGUGUGGCCGCUGUUACAUUUUCCUGCAACUCUGCCUUCUUGAGUCCAAAUGUCUUCGAAAGGGGCAGAUGCUUCGUAAGUGCCGACAGGGUGUGUUUCAGUGAAUGUUUGCAGUGUGCACCGGUCUGGCUGAAGGCCUCUUCCCUUCCCCAACACCCUCCCAUCGUGCAAAAUUACCCUGCCCAGCAGGGAGUGACUUGUGUGUCUCAGAAGAUUUUGUUGCUGUGCUCUGAGUUCUCACUCCUCAUCUCCUUUGACCAGUUUAUUCUAAUACUCCCCUUGUUCACAACACAGAACAUGAGUGCUCUUUCCUGUCAUUUUGACACUAAUAAACAGUGAUUCUCAGUGUGGAAAUGAGAAUGAAGUUUUUUUUAAAGACAGGCUACAAUAAUUCCCAUGCAGAGAACCACAUGCGAUGACACUGGAUUCCAAACAGCAAGAACAUAUGGUGAAGAUGAGGCCAACAGUGAGCUGAGAGAGGCCAGCCAGGGUGUGUUUCAGUGAAGAUGAGAAACAAUCAGAUAACACCUGUUUCCUCCAGGAAAGAAAAUGUGGCCAGGGAAAAGAGAUGGGAGGAAGGCUGGUCAUUGCCUCUUCCACUGUGCACAGUUUGAAUUUGGAGCCAAGAAAAGUAUUGCUUGGUUAAAUUAAAAUCAUUCAAAAGAUAAAACAUAAACAUUUAACACCAGCACAAUAUGCUGGGAAACAAAAUGAAAGGCUUUCUGGUCUCGGUGCUGUAGGUCACAUAGCCACUCUUUCCUGGAUUGAGGCUUUCCAGCAAAGGGGCUGGGACGUAAGGCUGGCCUGCUGGUGUGGACAGAGAUUCCAGCAACAUGCAUGACCUGGGGGUACAAGGAUUGCUUCCUAAACAAUGAUAAGCACACAGCCACCUAAUAGUCUGGAUCGGCUGAGACCAUCCUGAUUUCAAACACCCAGUCCCCUUGCCUUCCUAAGAACCCCUGUGUUUCUCAGACUGAAAAUGUGUUUUGAAUUUUGUUCACGAAGUGAGGCUGCUGUUGAAAUUCGUCAAGACUGGGAAAGAGCCAAAGUGGGAAGGAGCAUGGGUUGAUUGGCACAAAAGUAGGUCUGCUGAUAAAGAAUGGAAGUAAAGGGGCCAUCAGGUAGAAGCUUUUGCUGUGAGUCAGAAGGACAAUUUAAAAGUUGCCUAAAGAGGCACACACCAUCUCUGCUGCUGCCUUCCAGUUGGAAGGGAAACUCAAGUUCUUGCCUAAUGGCCGAAGCCCUUCACAGAAUGUCCACCACCCCUAACAGCUGCCCACUGCCCCUCCCCCUCUGCAGAAUGUCUGGGGUCCUAUGUUCCAGAAACCUGUUUACUUUCACUUCCUGUGUCAGUUGGACUCAGGAGCGUCUGGUGAGCCAGGUCACUCUCUGGGUCUUACCCUUGGCUUUUCUCAUUGCGGAAACUGCCAGACAGCGGUGGUCAGUGCCCAGCCUGAGGGGAUGGCUUCCAAUGGAGCAUACCCAGUGCUGGGACCGGGCGUGACCGUGAACCCUGGCACCUCCCUGUCUGUGUUCACGGCUCUGCCCUUCACCACACCCGCUCCCGGCCCAGCACACGGGCCGCUCCUUGUGACUGCAGGGGUUCCUCCAGGCGGCCCUCUGGUGCUGUCUACCUUCCCCAGCACACCUCUGGUGACAGAACAGGAUGGCUGCGGCCCGAGUGGGGCCGGGGCUUCCAACGUCUUUGUCCAGAUGAGGACAGAGGUGGGGCCUGUGAAGGCCGCUCAGGCGCAGACCUUGGUCCUAACUCAGGCCCCCCUCGUCUGGCAGGCUCCGGGCGGCCUCUGCGGAGGUGUUGUGUGUCCACCUCCCCUACUCCUGGCAGCUGCUCCUGUGGUGCCUGUUAUGGCUGCCCAGGUGGUUGGGGGCACCCAGGCCUGUGAGGGAGGCUGGUCCCAGGGCCUUCCUCUUCCACCACCACCACCACCGGCUGCCCAGUUGCCCCCCAUUGUGUCCCAAGGGAAUGCUGGGCCAUGGCCACAAGGGGCUCAUGGAGAGGGCAGCCUGGCUUCCUCCCAGGCCAAGGCCCCGCCAGAUGACUCCUGUAACCCCAGGAGUGUCUAUGAGAACUUCCGACUCUGGCAGCACUACAAGCCCCUGGCCCGGAGGCACCUUCCCCAGAGUCCUGACACCGAAGCGCUUUUGUGCUUCCUCAUCCCAGUUCUCCGAUCCCUGGCCCGGCGGAAGCCCACCAUGACCCUGGAGGAGGGACUGUGGCGGGCCAUGAGGGAAUGGCAGCACACGAGCAACUCUGACCGGAUGAUCUUCUACGAGAUGGCGGAAAAGUUCCUGGAGUUUGAGGCUGAGGAGGAGAUGCAGAUUCAGAAAUCGCAAUGGAUGAAGGGGCCCCAGUGCCUGCCUCCUCCAGCCACACCGAGGCUUGAACCUCGAGGACCCCCGGCCCCUGAGGUGGUCAAGCAACCAGUGUACCUUCCCAGCAAGGCCGGCCCCAAGGCCCCGACUGCCUGCCUGCCACCACCCGGGCCCCAGAGGCCAGAGACCAAGGCCCGCCUGCCACCACCCCGGCCCCACCGGCGAGCAGAGACCAAGGCCCGCCUGCCACCACCCAGGCCCCAGAGACCAGCAGAGACCAAGGUCCCUGAGGAGAUCCCCCCAGAAGUGGUGCAGGAGUAUGUGGACAUCAUGGAGGAGCUGCUGGGGCCUUCCCUCGGGGCCACGGGGGAGCCCGAGAAACAACGGGAAGAGGGCGAAGUGAAGCAGCCACAGGAAGAGGACUGGACGCCCCCAGACCCGGGCCUCCUGAGCUACAUUGACAAGCUGUGUUCCCAGAAAGACUUCGUCACCAAGGUGGAGGCCGUCAUUCAUCCCCGAUUCCUGGAAGAAUUGCUUUCCCCAGAUCCACAGAUGGAUUUCUUGGCCCUAAGCCAGGACCUGGAGCAGGAGGAAGGACUCACCCUUGCCCAGCUAGUGGAGAAGCGCCUCCUACCCUUGAAGGAGAAACAGCAUGCGAGGGCAGCCCCUAGUCAUGGCACGGCCCGGUUGGACUCAAGUUCUUCUAAGUUUGCAGCUGGCCAAGGAGCAGAGAGAGACGUCCCUGACCCCCAACAAGGGGUUGGCAUGGAAACCUGCCCACCCCAGACGACUGCCCGGGACUCUCAGGGACGAGGCAGAGCACACACUGGCAUGGCCAGGUCCAAAGACUCUGUUGUGCUUUUGGGAUGUCAGGAUUCCCCUGGGCUGAGGGCUGCCCGGCCAACCUCUCCUCCCCAGGACCACAGACCCACCUGCCCUGGCGUGGGUACCAAGGAUGCCUUGGAUCUCCCUGGAGGGUCUCCUGUCAGGGAGUCACAUGGGCUGGCUCGGGGGUCAAGUGAGGAGGAAGAACUCCCCAGCCUGGCCUUCCUCUUGGGUUCCCAGCACAAGCUUCUGCCCUGGUGGCUACCCCAGAGCCCUGUCCCUGCCUCGGGCCUUCUCAGCCCAGAAAAGUGGGGACCCCAGGGAACUCAUCAGUCCCCAUCUGCUGGGAGAAGAGGCCUCAACCUAGCACCUUCUCCUGCCAACACGGCCAAGAAGCGACCUCUCUUUGGAAGCCUGUCCCCUGCUGAAAAGACACCCCACCCAGGGCCUGGGCUCAGGGUCUCUGGGGAGCAAUCCCUGACUUGGGGGCUCGGUGGCCCCUCACAGUCUCAAAAGAGAAAGGGUGACCCCUUGGUCUCCAGGAAGGAGAAGAAGCAGCAUUGUAGCCAGUAGGGGCUUCUGAGCAGGCUCUCUGGGGCCGAUCCCCAAGGAUGGGGCUCUGGCAUCCGAUGCCCCAAAGCGGUCAAAAGCUUCUUCUCCCCCAGUGCUGAUCUUGCUGGGCCUUAGCUUUGGAGGGGAGGGGAGGGAGGGGAGGGAGAGGGUGGCUGAAUGGGGAGGGCAGGAAGGGAGGGUCUGGGGGGAAGGGGCUGGGGAGUGGGGGUGGGAAGCAGUGCGUUGGGGGCCUCGUGUGUAAGUGUGAAUAAAUGUAGUUGUCUUGGAAAAUGCUCUUGGGGCUGCUGCCUCUGUCCUCGGUGCUGUGCUGCUCCGUGGAGGGUGUCUGUGAGGGAGGGCAGAGGAACUGGCAGAUGCCAGGCUCUGGGAACCCACAGGGGCCGGCCCCACUCUUUCCUCCUGACGUAGGGAGCCCCUUCAGAUGCUCCAGGGACUGACAGAUGCUGAGGAAGCCCUGAUCCCUCCCACCACCCACUCACAAGGCCCUGCCUGCUUUAGGGAGGCUUCUUGAGGCCCCCCAUCGUUAUCAGCAUCCCUGGAAAAUCCUGGGAUUGGAGAGAGCUGGCUGGCUCUUGUUCUGCUCGGUGGGAGCUGAGGAGAAGGCAGCCACCUGCAACAUGGACAUGGGGAGAGGAGGCUGCUCCUGCUUAACCCUCAUCAGGAAGAGCGCGGGCACUGGGCUGAGGGGAGACGUUGAGGUGACCAUCCACACAGGUGUGUUUGGGAUACGAUGAUGGGUGGGGAGCAGGGGAAGUCCUUCUGCCUGUUUCUGGGCAGGAGAGAGUCUUGUCCAACUAGCUAAAGCAGAUGCUCCUUGCUGUGGCCACAGGGACUGGCCUCGGGGCCCUCAAGGUCCUGCAUGGAGCCCCCCACAGUUAUGAUUCCCUUCCCAUAUGAUGACUGAACUCAUGUGGAAUUGAUGUAGACACAGAUUUACAUUGGUUUCUAAAACAGUUCCCUCCCAACACACCAUCACCAAUGGGAACAAGCAUGUCCAGUCCAUCAGGCGCAGGGUGGGUGUUUCUGCUGGUUCCAGGGCCCGGAGGAGCUGGGGCCCAGGCCAAGAGGGGCUGAGGGUCAGCCGCCCUUCUGCCAGGCACAGACCCCAAGGGCAGAGCAGGGGCUGCCUGGGAUGUGGCAUUGGCUGUCUGGGAAGUGCCCUGGGAGUUGGGGGCUAGGUGUUCGCCAAAGGGAGACUUCCAGAGUCUAUGAGUGAGAUGAGGACUGCAUCAGGAGAGGGACCGAGGCUGGGGAGGACGCUCUGCUCUUUCCCAGGUUGUCCUGUCCUCCCAAUCUCUGCUGAACUGCCCUCACCCCAUGGGCCAACUUCUGCCCCCCUUAUCCCUAACCCACCUCUUAGAAUCUCAGAUCCCAGCAUGGACAGGAUCUGGCACCCACCCUGGUUCCCUCCUGGCCAACACCUUCUUCUCCACGGUCUGAGUUCUGAUUCCUCCCCCAGGGCGCUUAUUGGCUCAGGACCCCUGUGACUGCCAGGGCACUGGUCCCAGCACUGCCUGCGUGCAGAGCUGUGGUCACGGCGCUGGGGGCUGGCCCAGCAGCAGAGGCUGGUGGGGCAAAGCUGUCUGGUACACGGUGGCCUGGCCCCUCGGCCAAGUGACAAAGGGAGCCAUGUUUGGGUCCUCUCUGGCCCCAUCUGCCCACAGAACACAGCAGUCAGCCUGACAGAUGCCCCUCUGCCCCGUCCCUUCUGCUCGAUGUGGGCAGUGUCGGAGGCCUGCUGUCUUCUGUGGCCUUUGGGAAGGAGAGUUUAUCUUGGCAGGGCUUCCCCAGCUCAGUGCACAUCAGGCCCUCGGGGAAAAUGUGGGGAGCGAAGAGUCACUGGUGGGUGAUGUGGGCAGCUCCCGUGACUCCUCUACAUUCAGGGCCAUCCUCAGGAGAUAAGGUAGCACUGCCCCUUUGCAGGGUUUAGGAAUGUUAAGUGAGCCGUGUUUGAAGGGAGCAUGGUCCAUACUCUGGCGUGUGUGGGUGCCCAGCCAACUUCCUCACCUAAGGGUGAAAGUGACACCUUGGGGCUCCUGCUGGUUACCCCACUGGCCGUUGUCUAUCCCACUGUCCCUGUCCUUGUCUUGGCUGAGCCAUUCCUAGGAAGCAGAACUUGUGCUUCCUCCACCUCUGUGUCCCACCUGAGCCCUACAAUCUGCCCCUAAAUGGGCACAGUGGGGCUGACUGGGGGGCUCUGGUAGACUGAACAUACAUCCCCCGCCCAGUUCCUGUGCUGAAGCCCUAACCCCCAACGUGAUGGUAUUUGGAAAUGGGGCCUUUGGGAGUUAUUCAGGGUUAGAAGAGACCAUGAGGGUGGGGCCCUAAUGAUGGGAUUAGGGCCCUGGUAAGAAGCAGAGACCCCAGAGCUCUCUCUCUCCCUGACACGAGGACACAGUGAGAAGGCGGCCAUCUGCAAGCCAGAGAGAGAGCCCUCACCAGAACCUUGCCCACUGGGAUGCUAACCUUGGACUUCCAGCCUCCAGACUGUGACAAAUACAUUUCUUUUUUUAAUAUGUGCCACCACCCCCAAGUCUAUGGCACUUUGUCCUAGCAGCCCUAUGUGACUAGGACAAAGUCCAUAAUCUCAAGAACUUCCUUCAUGACUGGUAUCUGGAAACCGUGCAUCAGAGCCAUGGGAAAGAAAGGCUCGGCCCUUUACAACUGUCAGCACACCUCCACCCCAAGUCCAGUGUAUCACACAUGAACCAGGAGAGCCUGGGACACAGUGAAAAGGAAUCUGCAAAUACCCAUGAUGUGAUCGCAUCCACACUUGGGGAAGCCAUGCAGCUUGCUCACAGCAGGUGCUGGAGGUGUGCUGAGGCUCUUGGUCGGCUUGGCCUCCCUGCUCACACACCCAGGUCACUCUCUGGGAACCAGUGCGGCUGGGGUGGCCCCUGGCAGGUUUGCCUCCAGAGACCCCUCCCUUCACCAUUGGAUGACAGGUCCCCGAAGAAGCCAUCGCCUCGUGGGAAACUCCAUCUGACAACGUGAGCAAGGCUUGCCCCCGUUAGUGAACAUGCUGUGCUUUCUGACAGCUAUGAGGAUGGACUUGAUCCAGGUGGCUGCCCUUUUGUAGCUCACUUGAUUCUAACUUCAGCGUUGCAUGAUGCCCUAUGAAUGGAAUAUACAAUGUGUGUCUUUCACAUCUGUCUUCUUUCACUUAGAAUAAUAUUUCCAAUGUCAUCUACAUUUUUAGUAUGUAUCAUUACAUCAAACCUUUUUGUUGCUGAAUAAUAUUCCAUUAAUGGAUAUACUAAAAUUUAUCCAUUUAUCAGUUAAGAACGUUUGGGUUUUUUUCACUUUUUGGCUAUUGUGAAUAACACUUCUAAGAACAUUUGUGUACAAGGUUUCCUGGGGAUGUAUGUUUCCAUUUCUCAUGGCUACAUACCUAAGAAUGAAAUUGAUGGGCCAUAUGGAAACUCUAUGUUUAACCAUUUCAGAAGGUGCCAGACUGUUUCCAGUGUACAUGAACCAUUUUAUAUACCCACUAGCUGUGUGAGGGUCCCAGCGUCUCUCCAUAUUCGAGCCAACAUUUAUUAUCAACUCUCUUUUUGAUAAAGUCAUCCUAGUGGUUCUGAAGUUGCAUCUCAUCGUAGUUUGCAUUUGUGUUUCCCUGAUGUUGAACCUCUUUCAUGUACCUAUUCACCACUUGUAUAUCUUCUUUGGAGCAAUGUGUACUCAACAUUUAGUAAUUUUUAAUUGGUUUGUGUUUUGUCAUUGAGUUAUAAGAAUUCUUUAUAUAUUCCAGAUAAAAAUGCUUUACAAGAUAUAAUUUGCAGAAAUAUUCUCCCAUUCUAUGGGUUGUCCUUUACUUUCUUGAUGGUACUCUUUGAAGCACAAAAGUUUUUACUUUGGAUGAAGUCCAAUUUAUCUAUUUUUUCUUUUGUUACUUGUGGUUUUGAUGUCAUGUUUAAGAAACCGUUAACUAGUCUUAGGUCAUGAAAUUUAUUCCUAUGCUUUUUCCUUUUUUAAAAACCAUCUUAAACAUUUUAAAUUGUACAAUUUAGUAAUGUUAUGUAUAUUCACAUCAUUGUGAAAUUUAGAUCUUUAGAAAUUUUUUAUCUUUCACAACUGAAAUUUUGUACACAUUAAAUACUAAUUUCCCCCCUACUCCCACCCCCGGCCCUUGGCAACCACUACUUUAUGUUUCUGUGAUUUUGACUACCUUAAAUACUUCAUAUGAAGGGAAAGUAUUUGUCCUUUUGUGAUUGGCUUAUUUCACUUAGCAUAAUGUUCUUGAGAUUGAUCCAUGUUCUAGCAUGUGACAUGAUUUCCUUCUUUCCGUAGGCUGCUUAGUCUUCCAUUGUAUGUAUAUACCAUAUUUUAUCCUUUCAUCCACCAAUGGAUAUUUGGAUUGCAUCUCUUGGCUACUGUGAAUAAUGCUGUAAUAGGGAUUGUAUGGAAUUUGUAAAUUGUUUUAGGUAAUAUGGACAUUUUAACAAUAUUAAGUCUUCAAAUCCACAUACAUGGAGAUGUCUUUUCAUUUAUUUAUAUACUCUUUGGUUUCUUGUAGCAUUGUUGUUUUGUAAUUUUUAGUGUCCAAGUUGUUUGCCUCCUUGGUUAAGUUUAUUUCUAAGUAUUUUGUUCUUUUUCAUGCUAUUAUAAAUAAAAUUGUGGGUUUUUUGUUUU